AUGCUCCGCAUCUCGAGGAUGUCUGGGGAUGAGCUGGCUGCUGUGAGUUUAGAAGAGGCAAGAAAUGUGCUUGCUUUGAAGCAGGCUUUGUGCAGGCUGCAUCACUUCCCCGUGUGCCUCCAGCACGUGCUUCAGAACGGCACUACUCUGGAUGAUGCCACCAAGCUGGUCGAGCCCAUGGAUUUACAGCUGGUCAUGUUGUCCACCGCCACACAACAGGAUCAAGCUGAAAACGAGUUUCGUAAAGCCUGCAAGGACGGAUGCGUUCAGGUUGCAGAGUUCUUGCUGGAAGCGGAUGUUCACACAGACAUACGGGAUAUUGAUGGGUCCACAGCUCUGAUGGCAGCAGCUGAGGCAAACAUAAACCUAUAG